AUGGCAGCUCGAGUCAAUGGACGUGCUGAUGACCCCAGCGUCAUUGUCGGCCUUGCCUGCCGAGUACCGGGAGCUAACUCUCCCAGCAAGCUCUGGGAGAGCAUCGCCGAACAACGCGAUGUUCAGCAGAAGAUGCCCGAGGAUCGGCUGAAGGUGGACAGUUUUUUCCAUCCUGAGCCCACCCAUAAGGGUACAACCAAUGCCCGUUUCGGAUACUUUCUCGAUCAAGAUAUCGGAGACUUCGACGCGGGUUUCUUUGGAAUCUCCGGAAAGGAGGCCGAGGCUAUGGAUCCUCAGCAGCGUUUACUUCUCGAAGUAGUCUACGAAGCCCUCGAGAAUGCUGGCAUCACUCUUCAAGAGAUUCGAGGCUCGCUGACAUCCGUAUUUUGCGGUAGUUUUACUAAUGACUAUAAUGCCAUGUUGACCAAGGAUUUAGAGUACUAUCCCAAGUAUACUGUAACUGGAACUGGUGACGCUAUUCUAUCAAACCGAAUUUCCUACUUCUACGAUCUUCACGGAACCAGUGUCACCAUCGAUACUGCUUGCUCUUCGUCACUUGUUUGCUUUCAUCUCGGCAGCCAGACCUUGCAAAAUGGAGAAGCCGAUAUCUCCAUAGUUGUUGGAUCCUCGCUACACUACGACAGCAAUGUGUUUGUUACCAUGACCGACCUUGGUAUGCUCUCCACCAAUGGCCGCUGUGCGGCGUUUGACGCAUCUGGAAGUGGCUACGUCCGAGGUGAAGGCAUCGCUUGCGCUAUUCUCAAGCGCAAGUCUGAUGCCAUCGCUAACGGGGACAACAUUCGGGCUGUUGUUCGUGCUACUGGAUCUAACCACGACGGCAAGAAGAAUGGCAUCACUCUCCCUAACUCUGUUGCCCAGGAGCAGUUAAUUCGAACGACAUAUGAGCGAGCUGGACUGAACCCCAACCAUACUCAGUAUUUUGAAGCUCACGGCACUGGUACCGCUGCAGGAGACCCCAUUGAGGCCCGUGCCAUUGGUGCUGUAUUCUCCCCUGGCCGUAACGAGCCAUUAUUUGUCGGCUCUGUCAAGACAAAUAUUGGCCAUCUUGAAGGCGCUUCCGGUCUUGCUGGUUUGAUCAAAACGACAAUGGCACUUGAAAACAAGUAUAUUCCCCCGAAUAUGCACUUCAAGACGCCAAAUCCCAAGAUAGACUUUCAGAACUGGAAGAUCACUGUCCCCACCAAGCUUAUCGAGUGGCAGGUUCCCGAUGGUGUUCCCCGACGAGCCAGUAUCAACUCCUUUGGUUAUGGCGGCACCAAUGCUCACGUUGUUUUGGAGGAGUAUGCUCGGGAUGAAAAGCUACCUGUCCCUGUUCCUUCUGAGCCUAUUGCCAACGGAGUCCACUCUCGACCCUACCUUGUUCCCUUGACGUCUCACUCCCCCAAAGCCGGCGAGCUGUCAGAGGAGAAUCUUAAGGCCUAUCUAAACAGCGGUGAAGAUGUCACGAUUGCUGACCUUGCCUACAGCUUGUCUACUCGCCGGACACUGCACCAGCAGCGUUCCUUCGUUGUUGCGAAUGACAAGGCUGGCCUUGUUGACCAGCUCUCCUCGCCGCGUCCAGCUGCUCCUUGGACACUCGCCAAAAAUGCUGUUCCCAAGUUAGGCUUUAUAUUCACUGGCCAGGGCGCUCAAUGGUUUGCCAUGGGCAGACAGCUCAUUGAAGAGUGUCCCCAUUUCCGCCAGACUCUGCAGCGUUGUGACACUGUUCUCAAGAGCCUUCCUGACGCCCCUGAGUGGUCCAUUGUUGCUGAACUCAACAAGUCCAAAGAGACAACUCUACUUGGCGAGACUUUGUACUCUCAGACAAUUUGCACUGCACUUCAGCUUGCCAUCAUCGACCUGAUUGAGUGCUGGGGCAUCAAGCCGUCCGCUGUUGUUGGGCACUCUUCAGGUGAAAUGGGCGCUGCUUAUGCUGCCGGUAUUCUUUCCUUUGAGAGUGCUCUGAUCGCCGCCUACUAUCGUGGUCGUUACAUGUCCGCUAGUCGCACUGAUUGCGUUCCUGGGGGCAUGAUGGCCGUCGGUCUUCCCGAAAAUAAGUGUCUUGAGGAGCUCAAGCCUUACGCCGGUCGACUCACCAUUGCUGCUGUCAACAGUCCGUCCACGAUGACUGUUUCCGGAGAUGAAGAGGCUAUUCUUGAUCUCAAGGAAAAGCUCAAGGAGAAGAAGAUAUUUGUUCGACAGCUGAUUGUCAAGCAGGCUUUCCAUUCUCACCACAUGUCUCCUCUGGCCCCAGCAUACGAGAAUGCUCUGAAGAACAACUAUUCCUUCAAGACCAAAGCCCCCAGGUGUCGCAUGUUCUCCAGUGUUACCUCUCGCGUGGCUGACCACGAGAAGAUGGGGGCAUCUUAUUGGGCCGCUAAUAUGGUUCAGGCCGUUCGAUUCUCUGAUGCCCUCACUGGUGUCCUCUUUAAUGAAGAGGAUGAGCAGAAUGUGGAUAUCUUGGUUGAAAUUGGCCCUCAUCCUGCCCUCAAGGGCCCGGCUCGUCAGACUGUCCAGUCUCUUAAGUUGGAUGUUCCUUACGUCGCGUCCCUUACCCGUGGCGUGCCCGACUUUGAAGGCCUCUUGACCAUGGCCGGCACUCUCUUCUCUCUUGGAUAUCCCGUGGAUAUUGUCGCAGCCAACCAGAAUCUCAGUCAAAACUCGCAGGGUGCUUUAGUCGCUGCUCCUACGGGUACGAUGCUUAAUGAUCUUCCCAAGUACACAUGGGAGCAUCGUCGCUACUGGUCGGAAACUCGCUACAUCAGAGAGCAUCGCCAGCGAGAGUUCCGCCAUGCCACCCUGGGCCACAGGGUUGCUGGCUCUGUUGUACGACACCCUCUGUUUCGCAACUACUUCCGGCUCAGUGAGCUACCAUGGCUCAAUGAGCAUGUGGUUGAGAAUAAGGUCGUCUUUCCCGGAGCUGGUUACAUCAGCAUGGCCAUCGAGGCCGCCAUUCGCACCGAAGAUAUUGAGAGCGUGAAAAUGAUUUAUCUCAAAGAUAUUGUUGUAAAGAAUGCUCUGCUCAUUCCUCCUACUGACGAGGGAGUUGAAGUACUUCUUGAGCUCAAGCCAGUCACUCUAUCCGCCAAGAGCCACUCGGAUACUUGGUACGAGUUCAACGUCUUCUCUUAUGAUGAAAGCUCCAACUGCACGAGUCACUGUCACGGUCUCAUUAGCGUUGAGAAGGGUCAUGCUGCUCCUGUGGACUAUACCGGUCGCUACCCUGAGGGUACGAACUUCAAUGAGCUUCGGAAGAAGACCUAUCGGUCCAUGGCCGCCGGCACAUUCUACAAGAAUAUGGCCGAACUUGGCCUUGCUUAUGGCGAAAAAUUCCGCCUUCUCAAGGGCAGCAUCGAAAGUGGUGUUGGAUUCGCCAUGUCCAAUCUCGUUUUUGAUCCUAAGCAUCUUCCCUUGGACGCGGGCGACGAGACGGUUUUGCACCCAACUCUACUUGAUUCCUUCUUCCACGUAAUUUUCCAUGCUGUUGAAAAUCGUCUUGGCCGCCCUCUCGACGAGCCCUAUGUCCCGUCAUUCUUCCGAGCUCUGACGAUUUCUGGUAACUUUUUCGACUCGAGGUACUCUACCGACGUCAAAAACUUCCGGGUCGGGUCCUUCACAAAGCUGCCUUCUCCGCGUGUUGCCAUAAACGACAUGAUUAUGCAGAAUGAUAAGGGGGAACUCAUGAUGGAGAUUGCCGGACUCGAGGUUACGUCCCUUGGGCGCGAAGAUCCUGAGGGUCAAGGCCCUCGUACGCUCUUCUACCGCCAGCGCUGGCAACCGUGCUUUGAGAUGAUGACCAACAUCAAGGGGAGGUCUCUCUCUGAGAUUGUUGACAUCUUCGCUCACCAGUAUCCUAACACGAGGAUCUUGCACAUCACCUCUGACCUCAACAAGACGCGAGAGCUCAUUGAGAAACUAGGAGCGAAGAAUGGAGAGCGAAGAAGAUUCAGGCAGCUCGACAUCUGGCAUUCUCAGAGCUAUGACUUUGGAGAGGAAGCCGACAAGUUGGCGAAGGAGUGUCGGGGUCUGGUCAAUGUGACAGAACCGGCUCCCGGCUUGUAUGACCUCGUCAUUGUCAGUGAGGCAGGCGUCAAUGCCGUUCCACUGAUGAAUAACGCUGGGUGCAUUUUGUUCGAUGGCAGAAAGGAUUUCAGCGCGGCUGAUUUCCAACUGCUCUUCUCCAGCCCAACCUGUACUGCUGUUCGCAAAGCUGCAGAACCAUUUGGUCUCAGCUCCGAGUUGUCUAUCAUCAUGCCUACCGGAAAGCCUUCUGCACGAACCUCAUCCAUCCUAAAGGAGCUUGAGUCCACUCAUGGUGGUAAGAUCACCUUGACAGAUUUUUCGGAGCUGUCGUCCAAGGGCACCGCGCCGUUGGCCAAGGAUGUCGUCGUUCUUGCAGGCUUGGACGAGGCUAUUUCCGAUAAAACGGCCUUCAAAGGCGCCCAAGCACUUCUCACUUCCCUCGAGAAGAACGUCAUCUGGCCAACUGAGGGUGCUACCCUCGAAGCCAACCGUCCAGACAAUGCCAUGUACAUUGGGCUUGUCCGCGCUGCCAGAUCUGAGAAUGACACUCUUCGAGCAGUGACUUUUGAUUUCGGCAUCGACUCUCCUGCAAAGAGUGUAGCUGUCAAUAUUGUUCGUUUUUUGGACACCAGAAUUACAGAGGAUGAGUUGACUGAGCGAAAUGGCACAAUAUACAUUCCUCGCGUGGAGGCAGAUGACGAGCGUAACUGCAAGCUCAGAAACGGUCCCAACCAAGAACCUCACCUUGAGCCCUUUGGCACUGCUCAGACCCGUACACCUCUUGCGCUCAGAAUCGGCAAGGUUGGACUGCUAGAAACCCUGUACUUUGAUGAAGAUACUCAGGUCAUAGACACUGAGAUCAACGACAAUGAGAUUGAGGUUGAGACCAAGGCGUCGUCCAUCAACUUUCGCGACGUUGCCGCCAGUAUGGGUAUCAUUGAGGAUUUCAACCUUGGUGACGAGUGUGCCGGAAUCUGCACCAAGGUUGGCGCUAAGGUCAAGGGCUUUGAGGUUGGUGAUAGAGUUGUUGCUCUUCGCCCAGGUCAGGGUGCCCACCGCAGCCUUGUCCGGAACCCAGCAUCGUGGUGCUACAAGUUGCCCGACACCAUGUCUUUUACUGACGCUGCGGCUAUGCCGCUGAUACUUGGUACUGCUUGGUUUGCCUUGGAUCACACUGCUCGCCUCGCCACGGGCGAGUCUGUCCUUAUUCACGCUGCGGCCGGUGGUGUAGGUCAGAUGGCUAUCCAGAUUGCUCAGCGUGCUGGUGCCCAUAUCUACGCCACUAUGGGCUCUCCUGCUAAGCGGCAGCUUCUCAAGGAUGUGUAUGGUCUCAAGGAGGAACAGAUGUUCUCUUCUCGUGAUGCCUCUUUUGCCAAGGGUGUUAUGGACGCCACUGGAGGCAAAGGGGUUGAUGUCGUCCUCAACAGUCUGGCCGGUCCGCUGCUCCAUGCCUCCUGGGCGUGCCUUGCUCCUUUUGGUAGAUUUCUCGAGAUUGGCAAGCGCGAUAUCCACGAGAAUAGCAAGAUCGCCAUGGACCCUUUCCGACGAAAUGUGUUAUUCGCUUCGAUUGAUCUUGUGACCAUGUUUGAAAAGAAUGAGGCUCUCGGUGAGAAGCUUUUCAAGGAGUGUUUCGCCCUUCUUGCCAACGGCGAAAUCCGCACUCCCGCUACCAUCAAGGAAGUCCCUUACUCAGAGGUGGUCAAGGGCUUUCGAUUGUUGCAGAUGGGAAAGCACACCGGGAAGAUUGUUCUUGUUCCCCAUCCGGAGGACAUGGUCCCAGUCAUGCGUGGCGGGUAUCGUCAUGUCAGGCUGUUCAGCUCCUCAAAGACUUACCUCUUGGUUGGUGGCCUCGGAGGGCUGGGCCGCGCUCUUUCUCAGUGGAUGGUCCGUAAGGGAGCUAGCAAGCUUGCAUUUCUGUCUCGUUCUGGCGCCGACAAGACUGAGGCAAAAGCCACAAUUGACUGGCUUCUCGAACGCGGUGUCGACGCUACCGUAUACCGCGGCGACGUUUCCAAGCUUGCUGAUGUUCAGAGUUGUGUUGACCAGAUCGGAUCUUCGCUAGGGGGCAUCUUCCAAGCCGCCAUGGUUUUGCAGGACAAACCACUUGAAACCAUGACAUAUGAGCAGUGGCAGCGUUGCUGCCAGCCCAAGGUCGAAGGCACCAAGAAUCUGCACGAAGCAAGUCUCGGCUAUAAUUUGGACUUCUUCAUCUGUUUCUCUUCCGUGGCUGCCGUUGUUGGCUCCAAAGCUCAGGCUAACUACUCGGCCGCUAAUUGCUACCUUGAUGCCUUCAUGCGACACCGGCGUGAGAUUGGUCUUUGUGGUACCACGAUGAACGUCGGCGCAGUUACUGGUGUUGGCGUUGUUGCUGAGAACGAGGAACUCCAGAGGAUUAUGCUCAGGAUGGGGAUGGACACCAUCAAUGAGGAGGAACUUCUCUACCAGCUCGAGGAAGCUGUUCUUGCUGACAAGCCUGCCAACGCCAUGACCGCUCGCGGCUGCAACGGAAACCAGAUUAUCAGCGGCGUCGGUCUAAUCUCCCCGGAUGUCUACUGGGCUAGUAAGCCAAUCAUGAAGAAUCUAUACGCCAACCAUGAUUUCGGGGCCGAGGGGGCUGGGCAAAGCUCCAAGAAUCUCCUUGCUCUCGUCAGCGAGGAACCGGAUAUGGAGAAGAAGACUGGGAUCCUCCUUGAUGGAUUCUUGGAGAAGAUUGCUGGGGUACUAGCUACUCCUCGCGAGUCUAUCUUGCCAAGCAACCCAUUGUCUGCUUAUGGGCUCGAUUCCAUUGUUGCCGUCGAGUUUCGAAAGUGGUUCCGAAAGGAGGUUCAGGUUGACAUUGCGCUCUUCGACAUCCUGGGUGCGGCCUCUAUCAAUGCCUUGGUGUCCAAGACGAUCAGAAUGGUUUCCACUACCUCGACCAGCAAAGCUACCACCAGCGACAGGACAGAAAAGAAGGUUGCCGCAGAGUCUGAGAGCACCGGGGCAGAUAGCAAUGUCUCUGCUAUGGCCACUGGACAGCUCAAAAAGGCCCAGCACGCUGGGGUCGUCCCUCUGUCUACUUUCCAGUCCCGUCUCUGGUUCGUCCACAGCUUCCUAGAGGACAAGUCAUUUCUCAACCUUCCCAUCGUUCUCCGAAUAAGGGGUAAGCCCCAUUAUCCAACUCUACAGAAAGCCAUCCAGGAGAUGGCCGUCAGGAACCCUGCUCUGCGGACUGCCUAUUUCGAAGGAGAUGAAUUUGCCGUCCAAGAGCCCCUGGAAGACUUCGAACUCGGUGUUGACUUGCGUGAUUUGAGCAACGAGGCAGAUGUCGAAAAGGCUCUUGAGGAAUUCGUCAAGUAUAACCGCAAGAUUGAGAUGAACGUUGAAGAGGGAGAGGUUGCUACUUACUCGCUGGCCAAGCUCAGCGAGGAGGAAUGGGCUGUUGUUGGCAUGACCCAUCACAUCUCCAUUGAUCGUGCCAGUCUGUUCCCGAUGAUGUCUCAGUUUGUCGCCAUCUACGACGCCCUGCGGACUGGUAAUGAUCUUGCAACGGUUUCAGCUCCCGAGUUCAACUACGUCGACUUCACACUAUGGCACAACGCUCGUCUCGCGUCCAAUCUGAUGAAGCCUGACCUCGACUGGUGGAAGAAAACGCUACAAGGCAUCCCUCAGUCUGGCAAGGUUCUCCCCUUUGCCAAGGGCGAGCGACCGGCAAGAAGUGAUCCUCGUCGCCAGGCAGUUCGGGCAAAGCUCAACGCCAAGUUGUUUGCUCGCAUGAAGAGAAUCGCUGCCCAGUCAAAUGGCACCCCUUUCCACUUCGUCUUGGCCGCUUUCCGGGCCUUCCUUUACAGAUAUACCGAGGAUAAGGAUCUUGUACUCCUCAUGGUCGACGGGAACCGACCGCACCCUGAUACAGACCCUCUGAUGGGUUUCUUUGUCAACCUUGCUCCUGUGAGAUGCAACGACGACUGUGAGGUCGCAUUCGAUCAACUAUUCCAGGCUACCAAGAGUCGUGCUCUGGACGCCAUGGCCCACAGCGGUGUUCCCUUUGACACCAUCGUCGACAUAAUGAAUGUCAAGAAGACCAGCAGCCACAUGCCUGUCGGCCAAAUUGCUGUCAACUACCAGAUUCACGGCCCUGUUCCCACGUACACUACCUGCGACUUCGUUGUUGAAAACAUAGAAUCCGACGACAUUCCCACCGCUGCCGAUAUUCAGCUUGAAGCGAUUGAGACAUCUGAGCACAGCUUGGACCUCAAGAUCGAGUACUCAACUGCUCUAUACUACAAUCCGGACAUGGAGCGAUUCCUCGACAACUUCAGCACCUUCCUCGCAAGCUGCAUCAAAGACCACCGUCAACCCGUCGACGAAAUCAGUAUGUGUGGACCUCUCGAAAUCGAACACCUCAAGAAGGAGUAUUGGAACAUGGAGACCAAGGCGAAUCAGUGGGCGGAGCAGAGUGUCCUUGAUGUAAUUACCAAGAUGGCAAGACAACACCCUCAAACUGCAGCGAUAAAAACGUCUGACUGCCGCAGCAUCACAUACAAGCAGCUGAUCGAAAACGCCGAGAGCGUAGCCUCUGAGCUCCUCGAUGCCGGCGCACGGCCUGGCGAUAGAAUCGGGCUGGUGGCCUUGCCUGGUGUCGAGGCGGUGACGGGCAUGCUCGCCGCUCUCAUGACGGGAUCCGGCUAUGUCGCGCUCGAUACCGACUUUGCGCAGGACCGUCUCUCGUUUAUGCUUUCUGACUCCGGUGCCAGGAUUCUCCUGGCCGGUCCGGGCCAAGAACACCUGGUCGCUGACCUGCUGUCCAAGAUGGCAACGGGUCUCAAGGUCAUUAGGAUCGAGGAGGCUGCCUCGGCGGGCAGAAGCGUUGCUCACCCGCGAGCACGACGCCCCGACGACCCUUUCUACAUGAUUUAUACCUCUGGAAGCACCGGCACCCCCAAAGGAGUUGUGCUGAAGGAGUCCAAUACCCAGGCCAUGUUGGCCACUUUGAGCAAAGACUAUGCCCUUUCGCACCGUGACAACUUUCUCGCUCAUACAACUACAUCGUUUGAUCUUUCCGUUGUCCAGAUAUUUGGUGGUUUGACAGCAGGCGCAACAGUUUCUGUUGCUUCGUGGGAAACGCGCAAAGAUCCCGUGGCGCUGGCUGAUUUCAUGAUGAAAGAGGGUGUCAGUGUCACCUACUUUACCCCGACCCAGUUUGCGCUACUCAUGGAAUUCAACAGCGAGGCUCUUCGGAAAUGCUCCAAGUACAGAGUCGCUUACUUUGCCGGCGAGCGGCUGCCGGUCCGUGUUGCCAAGGCAUUCUACGAUCUUGGAACGCCUGCCACCCUCUACAACACUUGGUCGCCCUCGGAACUCGUUGUCCAGACUUCCAUAAGCAAGAUCGACUACCCCGGUGAGGGAGUUGUCAGCCUCCCUAUUGGAUAUCCAAUGGACAACUGCCGCCACUACCUCGUGGACGUCAAGGGCAAUCCCGUCCCGGCUGGUCACAUUGGUGAACUCGUCGUAGGGGGGGUCCAGGUUGGGGCCGGAUACCUGAACAGACCGGAAGCCAAUGCACGAUCGUUUGUCGAGGACCCGUUUGCAUCUGACGACGACCGGAAGAGGGGAUGGAACAAAAUGUUCAAGACGGGAGACCGCGGACGAUUCCGGCCCGAUGGGCAACUCGAGUUUCACGGCCGAAUCGCGGGCGACAAGCAGAUCAAGCUUCGCGGCUUCAGGAUCGAUCUUGGCGAAGUAGAGCAGGUGAUAUUUAGAAAGUCCCAGUCCUUGAAGAAGACGGGUUCUCUCACUGAUAUUGCGGUUGUGGCUCGCACGGUCGACUCUGAUGAACUGCAGCUCAUUGCUUACCUUGUUCCCAAAGCCAAGGUUAUCAGCGACGCUGACAAGAUGGCCAUUAUUUCUCAAUUGCACCGCAAGAUCAAGCCGCAUCUCAACUACUACAUGCUUCCCAACGGAUAUCAGUUUCUCCCCGAACUCCCUGCUACUCUUGGCGGCAAGGUUGAUCGCAGAAACCUGCUAGAGAGACGGCUGGAUCUUUUGUUUCCGUCGAGCAUCACCACACAGCCCAGCGACAAUGUGCCAGCUACCACGAAAACAUCAACAGGAUCCACCCAAGACCUGGAAGCCACAGUUCUUGCUCUUUUCAGAACCACGCUUGGCGGAGAAAUCGAGCUGAACGAUUCCUUCUUCGAGAAGGGCGGCAACAGCAUCCUCCUCGUUCGACUGCAAGCUAGAGUGAAGAAGCUGUUCAAGAUUGCUCCCCCCUUGCCCGUCCUGAUACGCGAACCGACUGCAGCUGCUGUCUGCGCGUACUUGAGACGAGCAAAGGGUGGUGAUGCCACCAUCAAGGGCGGGCUGGGAAACAGGGUGAGCUGGAAUGUCGAGACCAACCUACCCAACACCAGCCAAUACAUGCCACGAUAUGGUAUCCCUCGCAUCGACCGCGAUGAGCUCAAGUCUAUUCUCCUGACGGGAGCAGAAACUUUCAUUGGAGUUCACCUCCUUGCUGAAAUCCUCCGAACCAAGCGAGAUGCCACAGUUCACGUCCUGGGCUCGACGGAGGAGCUGGCGUCCCAAGGCCUCACUGAUCUCCUUCUAAGGCUCGACCUUGUCACCGACAACCUGACCCUGGACGAUAUCAGCAACCGCGUCAAGUUUGUUCCAGGAUCACUGAGCCAGUCCCACUUUGGUCUGUCACGAUCUGCCUUUAGGGAACUCGGCCAGACGGUGGAAUCAAUCUACCAUCUCGGAGGCCACGUCUCGUUGCUCAAGCCCUACAGUUCUCUGAAGCCAGUCAACGUCAGCCCCGUAUUCGACAUUAUCAAACUGGCCGGCCUCGGGUCUCGUCUCUCCGACAUCAACUACCUGUCCACAUGGUCCGUUGCCCACCUCCAGACUUGGUCUGCAUCUAGGCGGACUCGCGAGGAAUACGUCACUGGGGAGGAAGACAGCUCUCACUUUUCGCCCCCUACCGAAGACGAGUGCGGCUAUUUCAAAACGCGGUGGGUAUCGGAGGGCUUGCUGACCAAAGCUGCGCAGAGGGGAUUCCCUGUGACCAUCACCCGGACUUCGGGAGUAACCGCCGCUGUCCGAGGCUCUGGCGUCCCCAAUCCCGGGGAUGAGUUCAUCACGCGCAUCGUUGUGAGCAUGAUUGAGUCGGGAAUGGUGCCCCAGAUUGGCCGUGCCGACCAGCCCAGCUUCGCCGUCGACGUCGUGCCCGUCGACUGGCUCGUAUCCAGCUUUUUCGCCCUGACGUCCCGGAAGGAGGCUCUCUCUCACGUUCCCUCGUCGGAAAUGCACUCGGCUCCUCAAAUUUACCACAUAACCAACCCUCUACCGCUGCGCCUCAAAGACCUGCCCCGGAUCAUUGCCCAACUCCAGUCAGAACAAACCACACCCCGGCUUGUCUCCCUUGAUCAGUGGCUGAGCAGCAUGGAGUCGGCAGAGGACGAGGAUGCAGACAGCCAAGUUGUUCGAAGCACUGUGCUCAGACAAUAUCUCUCUACGGGCGCCGUCAUGUUCAGCCUGGACAACAAGAAGACAAUGGAUGUCCUGGACGUUCUGAACCCCGGUGCGGCCGCUGGCUGUCCAGCAGUUGACGCUGAGCUUUUGGGGACGCUGCUACGAAAACUAAGGAGGGCCGAGAAUGCAUUUAGCGGCUAA